AUGCACUCGAGGGUCAGACCUUUAUGCUCACGUACCCCUCUUUUCUCGCAGUACUCGCGCACACCGAUGGCCGGCGAACCGGCAGAUAUUCAAGAUAUCGCUGACAAGACUUUUGACUACGUCGUCAUUGGCUGUGUCAUCGCGAGCCGUCUGUCUGAGGACCCAGAUGUCACUGUCGCUCUCCUUGAAGCGGGCCCGCCGCACUUGAACGACCUACUCGUUAGAGAUCCUGCUGCGUGUCUGAAGCUCCUCGUAAACUCUGAGUAUGAAUACCCAUACACUACUACCCCACACAAAUUACGUCCCCCGGUAAGCGUAUGGAUGACUAACAUUGGGAAAUUGGGAAAUGAAGGUUGGACAUGGGAAAACUUUUGCAAGUGCCACAAGAAAGUUCAGAGGUGCGUCCUGCUUGGAGUUGUCGACACAGCGCACUGGCCACUGAUCGUGCGGCGUAGGUUCUAUCCCUCAUCGAAGAAUGAGCUUUCGGAGUUCAAGAACCUGUACAAUCCCGACUUUGUCGGUGGUGACGGUAUGAGCGUCACGGGUACCUUCAAGGCCCUCUCUAAUAUCGACCUAGAGAUCCGCCAGCGUGCUUACUCUGCUACAACCUAUCUUUUCCCUGCGCUCGACAGGCCAAACCUCAAAGUACUCACUGAUGCGUAUGUUCGCAAGAUCGUAACCGAUGAGAGCGGUGGAGAUGUCGCUGCAUCUGGCGUCGAAUUCGAGUACGGCGGACAUGUUUACACCGUUUUUAUCAAGAAAGAGGUCGUGCUAUCUGUUGGGUAUAUUUCGACGCCCCUUGGAACCGAGGUCAAGGUCGUGUUGCCCUCCGUCAGGACCAAUGUUCAAGAGCAUAGCUCAAUGGGGGUCAACAGAUGGACAAAUGUCAGUGGGCUUCCGGACGCCAUCAAAAUGGUGGUCAAUAGUGCCACAUUUGUUCCCAUCCAAAGCGCUAGUGACCGCACCGACAUACUCGUUCCCGGGGAGAAGGAGAAGUUUGCCCAGAAUGCGUGCACCUGUCCACCAGGACGAAAGGAACAGCUUGAGAUCCAACUUCAACAGCUCGAAGACCUGCACGUAUCAGACUUCGAGAUGAUCUUUUUCCCGUUCAUGAUUCACUUCUUUGCAAACCCAGAGCCCGAGAAGCCGUAUCUGAACAUUCUGUCAGUCCUCUCGCGGCCCUUCAGCCGAGGCAGCAUUCAUAUCACGUCCGCCGACCCGAAGGCCGACCCGGCCGUCAAUACGCACUCCUACGAGGAAAAAAUCGACCUCGAUAUUAAGACCGAGGCUGUCAAAUUUGUCCGCAAGGUCAUGAAGACCGAGCCGUUCAGUAAGAUCAUCGAGAAGGAGGAGUUGCCAGGCCCAGAGGUGCAGAUGGACGAGCAACUCUACGGUGCGCCCGAAAUCAUAGGUCUGAUACUGACGCCGUGUCUAGACACCUGCGGCAGCAACUCUAUGUUACCGAGGGAUAAGGGCGGGGUGGUGGACAGCAAGCUCAAAUUCCAUGGUACGCGAAACAUCAGAGUUGUAGAUCUGCCGAUCCUUCCUCUGCAGACGGCCGUCCAUCCAAUGGGUAUGGUCCAUACGUAG